GACCUUUGGUGGUCGUAAAGUCGGGGAGCCAAAACUCUAGGAUCUGGGGCCAAAGACGUGGUGUUGAAGAUAUAAGAUCUGGGGCCUUCGGCUUAGGGCAUCAUCACCAGCUACCACGACAACCUAAUCAAGACUGUCACCAACACGUUCCCAGACCUCUUCGACCGACUCUUAUGACUUGGACUAGUCAGCAGCGACGUCACACUCGAACCAGCUUACUUCCCAGGUCUGAGCAUAAGCAUACCUGUGUCUUCUCUCCUGGUAUAUGAGCGACCGUGUUUCCAAACCGUCUAGCCCGACAAGGAACCCACAACCCACCAGAAGCUACACUACAGAAGUCACUCAGACGACCACCUCUUCUACAGCACACCCGGGUCUGGAGGAUACAUCUCAAUCGACCUCCGAACAACCCUUGUCAACACCCGUAAUUGUCGUUACAAGGUCGCCCGCUUCUUCACGGACACAAACUCCAGAGUCGGGUGCUCGACAGGGUUAUCCCCUUGCUAUCCGUCAUCGCUCAAGAUCUAGUUCGCCGCUACAGCUUCAGAGACAGGAACGCUCUCCUACACCUUACGAACGCCCACAGCGCUCUCAGUCACAACCUCUCGAAGCCUCAACAACUGUGACGAACAUCACCAUGUCUUCUUCGGGAUCUUCACCAUCGGGCACGUCUAGUGCUGGCAGUAACUCUGGAUCAGGUCAACUUCCAUACGCCCCGUUUCCAUAUCCAAUGCCGGCCAAUCCUAGGGGCGGCUCGAGCCAGGGAGGUCAAGGCAAAUAGACGUCUUCUUCAUCC